CUCCUUAUGAAGCUAGACAGCCCCUUGUCCAGCCUGAGGGACCCUCAUCGGGAGGCCCAGGAGCUAAACCCCCUCGGCAUCAGGUUUCCCUUAUCCGGUCCUUUUCAGUGGAGAGAGAACUGCAGGAUAACAACACUAGUUACCCAGACGAACCCUGGAGGAUAACAGAAGAGCAGCGCGAGUACUAUGUCAACCAGUUCCGGUCCCUGCAGCCUGAUCCGAGUUCCUUCAUUUCAGGUUCUGUUGCCAAAAACUUCUUCACCAAAUCAAAACUUUCCAUUCCAGAACUCUCCUAUAUAUGGGAACUGAGUGAUGCCGACUGCGAUGGAGCCCUGACCCUGCCAGAGUUCUGUGCUGCAUUUCAUCUCAUUGUGGCCCGAAAGAACGGCUACCCAUUGCCUGAGGGCCUGCCUCCAACUCUGCAGCCAGAGUACCUGCAAGCAGCCUUUCCUAAGCCCAAGUGGGAGUGUGCAUUAUUUGAUUCUUAUUCUGAGUCAAUACCAGCAAACCAACAACCCCGUGACUUGAAUCGGAUGGAGAAGCUGUCUAUUAAAGAUAUGGCUGACUUUCCUGUCCCUACCCAAGAUGUGACUGGCGAUGACAAACAAGCUUUGAAGAGUGCUACUGAUGAAGCCUUACCAAAGGACAUGUCUGAGGAUUCAGCCACUCCUAAGGAUUCCAACAGUCUCAAAGCAAGACCAAGAUCCAGAUCUUACUCUAGCACCUCCAUAGAAGAGGCCAUGAAAAGGGGCGAGGACCCUCCCACCCCGCCACCGCGGCCACAGAAAACCCAUUCCAGAGCCUCCUCCUUGGAUCUGAAUAAAGUCUUCCAGCCCAGUGUGCCAGCUUCCAAGUCAGGAUUGUUACCUCCACCACCUGCGCUCCCUCCAAGACCUUGUCCAUCUCAGUCUGAACAAGCAUCUGAGGCCGAGUUGCAUCCCCAGUUGAACAGGGCCCCCUCUCAAGCUGCGGAAAGUAGUCCAACAAAGAAGGAGAUACCAUAUUCUCAGCCCCCAUCAAAGCCCAUCCGUAGGAAAUUCCGACCUGAAAAUCAAGCUACAGAAAAUCAAGAGCCUUCUACCGCUGUAGGCGGGCCAGCUUCUGUAACAACCGUGAAACCCCAUCCAGCAGUCCAAAAGCAGUCUUCCAAACAGAAGAAGGCUAUUCAAACUGCUAUCCGCAAAAAUAAAGAGGCAAAUGCAGUGCUGGCCCGUCUGAACAGCGAGCUCCAGCAGCAGCUCAAGGAGGUUCAUCAAGAACGGAUUGCAUUGGAAAACCAAUUGGAACAACUUCGUCCAGUCACUGUAUUGUGACCCCGCCCCCCACACAAGAUUCAAGUAACAGUGGGUGACCUUUUCUGCCAAGAUCUUUCCUUUGAAUGUUUCAACGCAACUACUUGUCGUAGAUGUCUGAAACUGUGUCAAAGCUCUGAGCAGCAGAAUGUAAUCAAUAUCACCUUUUCUCUUGUGCUUCACGUGUAUGUUUUUACUGUGGUAGAAAAAAUGCAACUGAUUGUCACACUUAAAAUUGUAAUUAUCAGUGGAAUUUAUCUCCCAUUCUUAAGUAUUUCCUCAAGGUGUUAGAUGUUGCUCCUAAUUGAAAACCAAUCUUCUAGCAAAUAAAAACAAUUUAGAGCAUUA